GGGCUGAUUUAUUCGUUUCAGUUUUAUAGGCAUGUAAUUCAAAUUUGGAUAAUUUUAGGCAUUUUUUAACCACCAUUUUACAUAUUUUGGCAUGGCUACCAUUUUGGUUUAUGCUGGGAAAUGGGAAUCGAAUAAGCUCCAGCACGCUCCGGCUCAUUCAGAAAUAUUUUCUCUCCAAUUCCAAGAUGGCCACUGAGCAUGACAGAGCAGUGUUGAACAGCAUUCUGGAUCCCAGCCUGCCUCUGGGAGAUGUGAUGAACUUUGAGGCACCUCAGGAGGAGAUACUGAGUAUCGAUCCUGAUGAGCCGGCCGAGUCGGAGAGCGACGAGUGCCGCCGGUCCCGGCAGCUGGAGCGGGACGGCGUCCAGGCCGCGGAGGCCGGUGACCACCAGACGGCGCUCCGCCUGCUGACGGAGGCGGUCUCCGCGGCGCCGCAGCGGCCCUCCCCGUACAACAACCGCGCCCAGCUCUACAGGCUGAUGCACCGCAACGACGACGCGCUGAGUGACGCGGACCGCGCCGUGGAGCUGAGCGGCGGCCGCGGCCUGGCCGGCCGGCAGGCGCUGUGCCAGCGCGGUCAGCUACACCAGCUGGCCGGACAGCAGGAGCGGGCGCUGGACGACUACCGGCGCGCCGCCGCGCUCGGCAGCAGGUUCGCCAAAACGCAGUUGGUGGCUCUGAACCCGUACGCGGCCCUAUGUAACCGUAUGCUGGGAGAGGUGAUCGGCAGACUGCAGCGGGGCGAGACGGACGAGCCCAAAUCGUAAGCCGAGGGGAGGUCGGUCCACUGGGGACGGGCUGCAGCAGAGGACGGAUGAGCUGCCAUUCCAAGGGAGGUCACUUCGCUCGUCCUGCGCUGUAGUAGAGACAGGACUUGGGACGAUCGUGAGUUCGGAUCACGAAUGAGGCUGACUUCUUUCGAUACAUAUUGUCUCGGUUCUACUUCAAGUAGGAGAGGACCGAAGGAUAGGUAUUUCCAUUUUAUACGGUGGUGGUAUAAUGUUUGCCAAGUGUCAUUGAUGUACAAACUGAUAUUCCGUCCUAACAUGCGUCCUUGGAUGAUGAGCUCGCUUUCAGAUAAGAUAUUUUACACACUCCCAUGCCUAUUAGCUGGGUUUCGAUAUUGAAAACGGUCAGUAGCUGGUAGUGUCUGUGGCAUUUUUGGUGGCUCACUUGUGACGAUACCUGGCCGCCGCAUUCCAUUAUGCCAUAAUUGGACCAAGAACCAGGCCAGUGUCCAGCUCAACCCAUUAUGAAGCCGUCACGGCGUGAUGGAAACGCAUCAAAGUGCCAACUAACUCGGGUUAUUAUGGAGUGGUCUCUGAAUACGUGCAAUAUACUUUUUCUAGAGGGAAA